AUGGUCGACACUGCCAGAGUGAAGAGCAAAAACGAUGCGGUGCAGGUUACCGUGGACUCCGCAGAGAACGCGAGGAAGGAUCUCAAGAUGCAGCUGUCCAAAGCGCAGCAGGAGGUUGCCGUUUUUUCGGGAUGUUGCUUGGGUUUUGUUGGUGGCGCAGGGCUUCCGGUUGCGGGCUCCGGCUCCCAGAAGCAUCUACGGGCAGAUGUGGAGGACUCGGACUUAAAGUUCAAACGUGCUGCCAUGUUCGAGUUCGAUGAGCUGGAAGCCGUUACUCUGGCAAGCUUGUCUCGAGCUGCGGCUCUUCCUCACCAGGCAGUGGCUGUUUUCGGCGCUGGCUCAGAGGAGGUCAAUGGGCUCUAUCUGGACACCGGAGUCCAAGCACACGGGGCGCCGAUCUUCAGGCACACGGAGCACGGUCGAACAUUGCUGGCGCGCGAGCCUCACGGUAACCGCAUCGGCUGGCUCAUCGGAGUUGACAGAUGCCCGUACUACGGCAUUCGGACGGAUGACACACGCUGUCCGGCCAAGGGCUGGCGUGCGUUCAAGGGCGAGGGCCCUGCCCCGCGCGUCGAAGGCCGCGCUGACCUCGCUGAGGCCUCGCUAUGUCUGGCGCAGGCGUACUGCGACGAAGCAGAGGCCUUGAGUGACCAGGGCCGCUUCCGUGUGGCCGCAGAGGUCUUGGACGGUGCUCUGUCUGUGCCGGUCCUCCAGGCGCCCCGUGCGGCCGAGAUCCACGGCCGGCGCGCGAAGGCCUUCCGCCAGCUGGCGGAGAGCAAGAAGAAGGUCAGGCAGGAGGGUGAAGAUGACCACGAUGCAGAGGAGGCACUCCGCAAUCAGAAGAGCUUCUGUGCCCGUAUUGUGGACAUUGCUAACACCGGCGCCGCAGAUGAGGUGAAGAAGCUAGUGAAGGAGAUCGAGGAACGGACAUGUCUGGAGUGGCCGGAUAUUGCCGAUGCGGUGGAGAAAAUCAAGUACGACGAGACUUGGGCCUACACGAAGAGGGAAGAUGGCACCUGGGGCACGUGGAAUGGCCCAACAUCUUUGUGA